AUGAACAGAUAUGAGAAAUAGGAAGUUGAAUAAGGAUUGCGUAAUCUUUUAGAAGAAGUAUUAAGAUUUUAACAUAUUAUAUCAGAUGAUGUUAUUUUGUAAUGAGAAGAUACUUGGAAUAGAGAACUGUAAUUGUCAAGAUCUAAUACAGCGAUUAAGCAAGUUAUUUCGAUAAUUGAGGAACAGUAAUCUAGAAUAUAAGAAAUUAGAAUCUGUAUUAUAAUAAUAGGAAGCAGACAUUAGAAAUCAUAUAAGUGUAUAAAUAGAUUAUUAAUUUUAGUUAGAACAAUAGAUGAAAUUAUAUUAGGAUGGGUUAUAAACAAAGUUAGAGGAAGCUAAUUAGGAAAUUAAGAAAUUAUAAGAGAGUAUAUCUAAAUUAAAGAAAUUUAAGUAUGAAUACAAGUAUGAUAGUUGUUAAUCAGAAUCAAAGAAAAAAGAUUAGAGUAAUGAUGGGUCUACUUCUUAUAGAUAAUAUUCUCCAAAGAAAUUAUCCUCAUUCUCUCAACAUGGAGGUUAUACUUCUCAAAGAAGUUCAUGUGAUGAACUCUUUAAGAGAUACAAUAAACUCUUGUAAUAAUAGUAGGCCUCUAUAAGUCAACGAUCUAAUAAUAUUUAAAUUAGUUAAUAUAUGAUGAAAGGGCGAUAAACUUUAGCAGAAAUAUGUAAUAUAUAACCAAACAGAAGUCAAACUAAACAUAAUAAUAAUAGUUUAAAUAAGAGUGGAUAUAAUAAUUCAAUUAAUUCAGAGGCAAUAAGAAACUUAUUGAAAAUAAAAUGA